GGUAAAGUAUGCAUACAUGCACUUCUCCUCAAUGACCACCACCCAUACAUCCAUCUAUCUGUGAUAUAUAUCGGGAUCACGCUUCCACCCCCUCUCGGUCAAGAUGGCCAUCUGUCCUUCUUGUCAAUCGACAGAUGUUGAACAAUCAGAAGCGCAAAUUGUAUGUAAAGUAUGUGGUACAGUGCUAGAAGAUUCACAAAUCGUAUCGGAUGUAACGUUUGCAGAAAAUAGUGCAGGAGGUGCGGUUGUUCAAGGUAGUUAUGUGGGAAACGAACAAAGAGGUGCAAGAACUCAAGGUCCAGGUGGUUUCAGAAGCGGUGGCGUUGGUGCUUCUCGUGAACAAACUGUUUCGAAUGCACGUUAUGCCAUUCGUGCUUUGGGAUCGGCAAAACGCGUUCCUCCUGCCACGAUCGAAAAGGCGGGAAGAUUGUUUCAAUUGGCCUUAGAAGGAGGAACAUACAAAGCAGACGGAAGUGAACCACACAACUUUGUACUGGGACGAAAAUCAGAAUACACACAAGCAAGUUGUCUAUACGUAGCAUGCAGAAUGGAUCGUACAAAUCAUAUGCUAAUCGAUUUCGCAGAUGCAAUUGGAGUCAACGUCUUUGUAUUGGGUCGUUCUUAUCUUCGACUGAUUCGAUGCUUAGGCUUCAAAAUGCCCAUUAUUGAUCCAUCUAUCUAUAUUUCUCGAUUCGCUAGUCUGCUUGAUUUUGGCGACGAAACUCAACGUGUGGCAACGGAUGCAACCCGAUUGGUAAAACGGUUCAACAAGGAUUGGAUCACGCAUGGACGACGACCAGCUGGUAUCUGUGGUGCUUGUUUGCUCUUAGCUGCUCGGAUGAACAAUUUCCGUAGAUCGAUUGCAGAGAUCAUUCAAGUUGUCAAAAUUGCCGAUGUCACAUUGCGAAAGCGAUUGGAGGAAUUUAAGGAAACAUCUAGCAGUAAAUUGACAAUUGAUGACUUCCGAAAUAUCUGGCUGGAAGAGGAAAACGAGCCUCCUGCAUUCGCUCUGCAAGGCUUAACGAAAAAGGGAAACAAGAAAGGCUCAAAAGCACGACCCAAUAAGAAGCUUAAAGGGGGAGAUGAAGAUGGGGAGGAGGAGGAGGAAGAGGGGGGCAAUGAGGCUGAUGUUGAGGAAGACGAUGAAGAGGAGGAAGAACAGCAGCAGCCGGUUGACCCAAGGUUGGAAGCGCUGGCUGAUCAGGCGACACAUGCGGAAAUCUCGCAAUACCUCAAUGAAGAUGCGGCGAGAGAAAUGCAGAAAAAGGAAGAGGAAGCUGUCCAGAUCAAAAGCUCUCAGAAAGAGCUUCCUGCUCUAGAUGACGAACUGGCAGGCUUAGAUGAAGAAGAGCUGGAAGCUUUCAUCCUCACGCCAGACGAAGUCAAGAUUAAGGAAAGAGUCUGGGUUGAAUUCAAUCGGGACUAUCUAGAGAAAACGCUCGAACGUCAGUUAAAGAUGGAGGCGGAUAUCAAAGCUGGAAUAACACCAAGACCCGCCAGACGAAAGAAGAGCAAACCGCGCGAUUCAUCUGCAGCCCCUUCAACUGCUGCUGAAUCAACGAAACAGAUGAUGAUGCGCAAAAAGAAUUUCAGUAAACGAUUGAAUUACGACAAGAUCAGUACGCUCUUUGAUGUGCCAACACCCACGAAGGCAAAACGUAGUCAUUCGGAUGUUGAAGAUGAGGAAGAAGUGGAAGAAGAAAUCUAUCAUAAUUUCAUGGAUCAAGAACGUCCCAGAGCCAACUCGCUUUACCCUAGUGAAGCGGAAACGGUUGAUGAUGAAGCCAUUGUGGAAGAAGAAGGAGAUGCUUUACCUAGCAAUCAUCCGGACGUACGCAAGAGAUCAAAGAGGGAUCUGCAAAUGCGUGAUAAACGUAAAAGAGAUGCGAAUUCUGCUGGGCGUGGAGAAGAAAGUGAAGCAGAUGGAGCGACAAGUCAUGGAGGCGCAACAGAUGCAGAAACCGAUUAUGACGAUCAAGACAAUUGGAUGGCGGGAAUUCCGGGCUAUCGUAGAGAUAGCGAACCAAACGCUGAAGAAGACUAUUACGAGCAGGAGUACGAGUAAAGAGAAUGCUAUUCUUGCUUCUUUGUGCGCCCUUUUCACCUUACUGUAUCAUAGAAUACAUCAUUUGUACAAUAAAAGAUUGCUUAACGCAAUGGCUAGUGAUAAGGGUGAUCUGAUGAAGAUCAGGAAACUUG